AUGGCGGACGCCGUGGAGGAAGCUCUUCAGGGCAGCUGGGACCAGGAUCUAGCUGAGGCUCUGGACUCUGGGGGUUCGGACAUGGAGAUGGAGAGAGGCAUCAUCCAGGUCCAGGAACAUUCAGCUCAACACAGGGCCAAGAUGUGGAAGAUCGCUUUAAAUGUCUCUGGAAAAGGAGACAGUCUGUCUCCCUGGGACGGCGUCUUCGAUUUACCAGAACAGACACUCAUUCAUAACCGCAGUCAACAGCUGAUUGAUCAGCUCAGAGCAUCAGAGGAGGAGAGGCGUGACAUGGUGUCUGACGUUGAGUCAGUCAUCACUUUCUACUGUAAGUCCCGCAACAUCACCUUCACUCCAGAGCUGAGCUGGCCGCACCUGCUCCAGCCUUUACUGGGGCUUCAGCUUCCCCGCAGCGACCUCUACAACUGCUUCUACGCUGUCAUGAACAAAUACAUCCCCAGGGACUGUGUGCCGAACGGCCGACCCUUCCACCUGUACAGACUACUGCUGCAGUACCACGAGCCAGAGCUCUGCUCCUUCCUGGACACCAAAAAGAUCACACCUGACUCCUACGCCAUCAACUGGCUCGGCAGUUUGUUUUCCAGUCACUGUCUUCCUGACGUCACCCAGGCCGUGUGGGACUCCUACCUCCAGCAGGCCGACCCCUUCCUUGUCUUCUUCCUCUUGCUUGUCAUGCUCGUCAAUGCCAAAGAGUCCAUCCUUGCACAAGAGGGAGACGGCAAAGAGGACAUCAUCAAAAUGCUGGAAGCGUUUCCUUCUCUCCUGGAAUCCGAAGACAUUGAAGAUUUGUUUUCUCUGGCUCAGUAUUACCAGAGCAAGACCCCUCUGUCGCUCAGAAAGAUGAAUCAGAAUCUGUUCGGCAGCAGCCUGGUGGCUCUGAAAGAGGAGGACAUUGACCUGAGUCAGGCCCUGUGUCUCCCUGUGUCUGUCCCUGAAAUCCUGCAGGCGAACCAGCUGCAGCAGGAUGGGGUGCGGUUCUUUGUGGUGGACUGUCGGCCUGCAGAGCAGUACAACGCUGGGCACCUGUCCACGGCCUUCCACCUGGACUCUGACCUGAUGCUCCAGAAUCCGUCUGAGUUUGCUCUCUCUGUGAAAUCCCUGUUGGAGGCUCAGAAGCAGUCUUUAGAGUCGGGCUCCAUCGCCAGCGGAGAACACCUGUGCUUCAUGGGCAGUGGGAGGGAGGAGGAGGACAUGUACAUGAACAUGGUGUUGGCCCAUUUCCUGCAGAAAAACAAAGAGUAUGUCAGCAUUGCAAAAGGAGGUUUCAUGGCGCUCCAACAGCAUCUGGUCGACAUGAACGUCGAAGGCCUCGACUCCUCGUACGUCCACUGGAUCGUCAGCACAUCAGGAUCUCACAGCAGCCUCAGCUCUGCUGAUGGAGAGUCUCUGAGCAGCCCUGGAGACGGCAAAGGCGUCAAGUCCUUGGUGAACAAAAUGACCUUUGCUCUCAAGUCCAAGUCAGUAAACGUAAAGGAGAAGAUGAUCAGCUUCAUUGAGAAUACCUCCACCCCUGUAGACAGAAUAUCUUUCAAUCUGCCUUGGCCAGAGAAGGUGAUUCCAGAUCGGCACGUGAGCAGCAGCGACCGUGUCGGCAAACCUUACCGAGGCGUAAAGCCCGUGUUCAGUAUCGGUGAUGAAGAGGAGUAUGACACAGAUGAGAUCGACAGCUCGUCCAUGUCGGACGAUGACAGGAAGGAGAUCGUCAACAUUCAGACCUGGACAAACAAACCGGAUGUGAAGCAUCACAUUCCGUGUAAUGAGGUGAAAGAAACUGGUCACAUGUUCCCGAGCCACUUGCUGAUCACAGCGACUCACAUGUACUGCCUGAGGGAGAUCGCCUCAAGAAAAGGCUUUGCCUACAUCCAGUCCAGACAAGCACUGAACUCUGUGGUGAAGAUCACAUCCAAAAAGAAGCACCCUGAACUGAUCACCUUCAAGUUUGGCAGCAACAACUCGGCUGGAGUGGAGAUAUCGGCGGUGGAGAGAUAUUUGAUACCAAACGCAGGCGAUGCCACUAAGGUCAUCAAGCAGCAGAUCAUGAAAGUCCUAGACGCUCUGGAGAGCUCGUAAAGGGAGGUGACGGUGUGGCGACUGGGGGGCGGGAUCACGACGGCCAGCCGUGACACAAACUAUAAGAGUCUCCGUCUGCCGAGAGUGAAACCUUCUCCCGCUCUCCCUCGGCUGUGGCUGUCCUCCCUCCUGGACGGAUCCAGUGCAGUGUUGACUGUAAAGCCCUGUGUGUCUGUGUCUUUGGGACAUGGGG